AUGGGCAACGUGAACGUUUCCUCACUGCAAUCCUACUCACAAAAUGUUGGACAUGCUCUCAUGGAUGUCAACAAUUACACACCAUGGCUAUGGAUUGCCAAUUGUGGAUUUAUGGCCCUUGCAACUGUUGCUCCUCGAACAUUAACCAAAUGGCAAAGUGACGCCUACACUUCUCAACCCAUGAGAAACUAUGGACCACAAAACUUUUUGAUGCAAUCAGUGACUGGAUACAUUUACCAUCAAGUUCCAUACAAUAUAUGGACACACAUUUUGACUUUCCCAUUGGAUUUAACAUGGUGGGGCUACUAUUUCGCCUAUUUUGGAAAAUUAUGGACUGGUCAUCCAGGUUAUUUCUAUUGGGCUCACUAUGCUCUUAGUAUUGCCCAAUUAAUCACUUACUGUGUUGGUCCUGCCACAGCUCAAGGUGAGAAAUGUGUUUUGAAAAAGUUCGAUCCUGCAGCACAAGUCAAUUUGGCAGAUAAGAAAAAUUGGCCUCUUGUUGAAGUUGAGGUUUGUAAAAAGAAGCAUCCAAAGAGACACUUUUAUUGGCUUCAAUUUAUUGUCACUGCUUCAUUCUUUACUUUCUGGUAUUCAUUGUUACCUUAUUGGUUACCUGGACCUAAGGAAAUUACACAAAAAUUACUUCCUGAAUUUAUUUGGAAUUAUAUUCCUGAGGUAUUGAGACAAUCGGACAUGUUUUGGGUUAAUUUCUUCUUGUUGCAUAAUGCUAUUCUUCGUGUGACUGGACACAUGGCAGAUUAUUUACCUCCAAUCAUGUUUGAUCCAGAUCAUCACGAUGCUGGAUUCACUGGUUUGGGUAAAGGAUUUAUUGCUUACUUUAAAUACUUCUCUUGGAAAUGGAUGGUUCAAACACCUUUAGGAAUUCUUUCAGAAUUGUGUGCUGGAUAUCCAGGAAGACUCUACGUUUGGAGACUUGUGGCCAAUUUGAGACGUGUUUUGAAUUUUGUUGGUGUUCCAGAUAACAAGCAAACAUUCUUUACCAUGAAUUGGAAUGAAGUUGAACAAGCUAAGAAGACAAUUAAUCAAUCGGGUUGGAAUGCUUGGCCAUUGACUGCCAAAUUGUUCGAAUGGGCCAAAGUUGAAGAUGUUGAUAAUACAGAUGAUGAUGAUGAUGAAAAAGAUGAAUAA